AUGCUCUUAGGAGAGCCUGGACUGGGAAAAACUUAUAUCUCAAUGGCCAUUGCCCGAGCCUUAGGUCGAGGCUUCCAUAUGGUCGGCAUGAACGGCAAAUUAAAUGCUUCUUUAAUUACCGGCACUAACAUUGAAAACCCUGGGGCAGAGCCAGGGGAAGUGCUGAAAGCCAUCAGCCGAAGAGAAGACCGAGCUUGUGUAAUUUGCUUUGACGAGAUUGAAAAAGCCGCGAGAGAGUGUAAGGAGGCGGCUGGGAUACCGACCGAUAUAACUGGCAACAAAGAUUUCACGGAUACUUUUUUAGACUUUCCUACUCCCACGAAUGAGUGUAUCUUUAUUGCUACCGUGAACCGUCCCGAGGAUGUGCCGAACUUUGUGGCUGAUCGGUUUGCCAUCAAAGUAGAAGUUUUACCUUUGCCUUACGGGGAAAGGUUAGAGGUAGUGAGGGUAGUUUUAGCCGGAGAGUUAAAGAAACUCAACAAUGCUUUCCAAAGAAUUUACCACCAAGACUGGCAAGCAGUGUUUAAUUUGUUUGACCACGAAGAAUUUGAUUUUUUAGAGCCAGAAACAGCCCUGCCCACUGAUUUAGUGGGUUAUAAUUGGGAUUUCCUCCAAAGAGAAGGCAAAGACGAAAGUUGCCCGUAUGGCAAAGAUAUAAGGAAUAAUCACAAGUUUUUACCUUUGACUAAAACUUUUGCUGACUGGCAAAAACACUGGACAGAGUUUUUUAUUAGAAAACACACGGAACUAGAAAACUUGAUUAAUUCUUUUGGGGGUUAUUUCCGAAGUGAGAUUAUUCCGGUGUUGGAAAGCCCAGAAGGAGAUAAAACCCUUUUAUUUCGCUGUAAGAGAAUUUUGGAUAAUAAAAUCAUUGGAGAAAGCAGCUCACUUUUCCUAGACUUGGUUAUUUGGGAAGUAGAAUAUCGGCAACAACAGCAAUUUAAGGAAAGGCUCCGAGAGUUUAAUGCUAAUCCAGCUUUUUUAACCGACCGAGAGGAUGAGUUGAUGGCUAGUGAUUUAGAAAAGCUUAUUGACGGGAGAAUUAAUUAUAAUGUAGCUUGCCGGUGGUAUUGGAAAUGA